UCUGAAAUCUAAACCCUAGAUUCGUUUUGGAGAUUUAGCUGUUGAUCCAAGAAGAAGCACUUCAGUUCAGACAAUCCACCUGAGAUGCAUAGGAACAACCGUCUCUAGUCUUCCUUCCCAGGAAAAAAAUAAAAAAAAGGAAGAAAAAAGGAAAGAAGAGCGGCGGGAGCGGAGAAGAGGGGAAAAGGUCUGCAAUCGCGUGUCCGAGGGCGAGAACUUGGCCCAAUUCUUUUCACAAUUUCAGUUUUUUCGGUGGAGAGAGAGAACCAAUAACAGAAUAUGUGAAUGAGACCACCGCCUUCCCUCCUUUCUCUCGCAAUUGACUCUGCUCUUCUUAACAUCAAUCGUCUCUCUGAUCUCUCUGUCAUUCCUGAGCAUAUUCUUCUCGACCUCUUCCUGAAGAUUAUUGGAGCUGGAAAACUAACAGAGAAGGUUUUGAAACUAUUCAUGGCAACCGGCAAUGAAAAGAUCCUCUCACUUAUUCAGGAACUUAAUAUCCAGCACAUAAUCACCCCUGUCCUCCCUACCGGGUGCUCUGAGAAAUUCUGAAUGGUCAAAAUUUGCUCUGGAGACAUACUUUGGAGGACUCAAGCAACUGGUGCUUGUUGAAAAGAGACAGAACUGGUUUUUGCCUUUCGAUUCUGGGAAAAUGUCUCACACUAUCAUCAAGGAUGAUGAGGUUGAUAUUAUUAUUGCGGCACUUCAGUCUGACCUUACUUCUUUCAUGGAGGAAUGGAGACCAGUCUUUUCUCGAUUUCACCUGAUAAUUGUGAAAGAUCCUGACCUCAAGGAGGAUCUCAAAAUACCAGAGGGCUUUAAUUGUGAUGUGUACACCAAGUCUGAUAUUGACAGAGUUGUGGGAUCAUCUUCCAUUGUCGACCUUUUUUCUGGUUACUCUUGUCGUUAUUUUGGCUAUCUGGUCUCCYGCAAGAAGUACAUUGUCUCAGUUGAUGAUGAUUGUGUUCCUGCAAAGGAUGAGAAGGGCYUUUUAGUUGAUGCUAUAGCCCAGCAUAUUUCUAAUCUCAGAACUCCUGCAACUCCUUUCUUCUUUAAUACACUCUAUGAUCCGUACUGUAAAGGUGCCAACUUUGUUCGUGGAUAUCCAUUCAGCCUUCGGGAAGGAGUGAAAUGUGUCCUAUCAUGUGGGCUCUGGCUCAACUUAGCGGAUUAUGAUGCACCCACACAAGCCUUGAAGCCUGAACGUAGGAAUUCUCGAUAUGUUGAUGCUGUUUUGACAGUACCAAAACAAGCUUUAAUGCCUUUGAGUGGGAUCAAUGUUGCCUUUGAUCGUGAGGUGGUGGGACCUGCAUUGUUCCCAGGGCUCAGGUUGGAAGGAGAAGGAAAGAUGAGGUGGGAAACAAUGGAGGACAUAUGGUGUGGGAUGUGUGCUAAGGUGGUAUGUGAUCACCUGGGUCUAGGGGUUAAGAGUGGUCUGCCAUAUGUGUGGAGAAAGGAAAGAGGUGAUGCCAUAGAGAGUUUGAAAAAGGAGUGGGAGGGGAUGAAGCUGAUGGAAGAUGUUGUCCCUUUCUUCCAGUCUGUGAGGUUGCCAAGGACUGCAGUUGUGGCAGAGGAUUGCGUGCUUGAGCUAGCUGAGAUGGUGAAGAAGAAGCUGGGGGUAGUGGAUCCUUUGGUUGGACGUGCAGCUGAUGCUAUGGUGGAGUGGGUCCGGCUCUGGAAGGCUGUUGGAUCUGGGUCGUCUUYUCUUUGAGAGUAAGCGCAUUAUUUCUCUCCUUUCCCUUUUAAUUUGUUUCCCUACUCUUACCUGAGAAAAUGCCAGAUGGGCAGUCAAAAAUAAAAAUUGUAGUUUUUUUUUUAUUGUAUUUUCAGCUUGUUUUUAUGUGUAAGAUUGAGCAUGACUUUUGAAGCUGGACCAAUUUUUUUUGGUUUUCCAAAUGAACAUUCUUGUCUUGUUGCCUGAA